CCUCUUUUUCAUAUAAAAAGAUAUAGAUUAAUUUAAACACUAUAAUAAAAAAUUAUUUCAACUCAAUUUUUACGUAACGCAUUUCAAGUAUUUGCUGCCGAGUAAUGUCGUCGAGUAUAUGUGUUCUGCAUUCAGAAUAACGAGUUGUUUCAGAGACAAUGCUUUGAAUAACAAAGACCAUAUCUGCAGAUAUAUUUAACUUUGACAAGUGUAUUUUCGGCAUCAGGCAAAUCACACGUCAGUCUGUGGCGUGGCGUCACGAGAAUAGCAUCGUGGGGUAAAUUCUCGUCUCGUUCAGAAAUAAUAUCUACUUACGUAGUACGUACUGUUAAUGUUACGAAUCUGUAUAUGAUUACAAAUAUUUAUUCGUAAAUAUUUUGAGUGUUCCAACAUUCAGACUUCAAUUAACUUAGGUACGACUUAUCGCAUAUGAGUUAGAUAACAUGAGUUUGAAUUACGUAGAAUCACAUAUAGAUGAGUUAUAUCGAGUUUAGUCACUUGUAACGAAAAGCAAGUGUACAUUCACUGGAGGAAUGAAGUAUGCAGACCUCUUUACCAAGACAAACCAUCGGCUGCAUCGGAAAAUGUACUUCUGGACUAAGUAUCGAUGAAUUAGAUCAGAUUACAGAUAAUAUACAUAAAACUCUGACACAUCCACGUGGAAGGGAGAUUUUUAAAAAAUUUUUGGAACAACGUGGUCUCAGGGACAACCUUGAGUGUUUGGCAUUGUACGAAACAUGUAUGCAGAUUAUCACAGAAGAGACAAACUUUUCAUACUCGAAAAAGGGAACAACACUGGAGUCGUUAAUCAAGAAGGUUAUGCAAGUGAAAGAAAUGGCUGAAGAUUUGGACGGUGUAUCGCAGAUAGACAUGGCACUUCUAGAACGUUUCAAUGAAACGUUAAAUAGCGAUUCGAGGACUUCUUUACUCAGCAUAUUAGCAGAUACCAGAGAUCGGUGUCGCGAUCAUUUGAGAAACGUUCAUGAAAGUUUCAAACAAUAUGCAUCGGAACCGUGUCCGAUAAUUAAAUAAUUAAUAAACAUAUCUUUUUUUUUUUGUAUCUUUGUGCCUUUAAAACUUCAUUCGUAUAGAUGCAGGAAGUUAUUCUCCAUUUUCUUUAAAUGUGUAAAAGUUAGCACGUGAAACAUGUUUCACGUAACAAUCUCUAUAUGUGAUGACGAAUGUCGUAUAUUUUCUGUAUACUUUUACUCAUUGAAUGUUAUACUGUGAUUAUUUAAAUUAUGUAAUUUAAUAAAAAAAGAAGCAAAAAUGAAAACUCGA